CGCAUGGCCAACUCGGCUUUACCAAGCCUCCAAGCAGCCCAUCGGGGAUAAAUCAGAGGCACCAUGACCGGCAAUGACGAUCCAAGCACGGGCUCGCAGCCAACACAGGCAGCAACAGGGCCAGACACUCGGGAGCGGAAAACGCGCCGCAGCGAGCGGGGGAAGCUCGCGCAGCGCGCCUACCGCAAGCGACACGCGUCCAGGUUCCGGAAGCUCCAGGAGGAUAACAAGGCCCUGUGCCGCAUCAUCUCCCGCCUCGACAGCACCCUGCAGGCCCAGGGGCUCCUAAGCGCCGAGGUCGCGGCCAUCCUCGCGGAAGCGACGGGGCUCUGCCGCGACGACACGAGCGAUGGGGCCACCACGGAGCAGCAGCAGCAGGGAGCCGGCCACGAGCCCGAUGCGUGUCGCAUGGACAGUCGCGCGCGGCCCAGCGGGGAGGCAAUUCGACAGGACGCCGCAGUGGAGGCGGCGGCCGACUCGCGUCACGUCGUGGUGGCCACGCAGGGGGACCCGGCUGCCAGCAGCGCCCCAACCCCGCCACCACCGCCUGGCAGCGGCGCCGGCACUUGUCUGCAUGAAGCCGCCCCGUCGGACGUCCCCAACAAGACAACGAUCCUCGCAUCUUCAUCCCACGUCGACGACUGUGGCGGCGGCGACGACGCGGCGCCCCUGGGGAACCUCUCGUGCAACCCCGCCGUGAUCCAGUACUACCUCAACGAGGGCAUGCCGACCUUUGCGGGCUGCAUUUUCUGGGCCUGCCUGACGCAGACGGUCGAGGUGUUUGAGGGCUCCGAGCGCGGCGGCGCGAGGCAGGAGGAGGAGGCGGUGGCGGGAGCUACUGCUGCUCCUGCUGCUGCUGCUGCGCCCGAGACCCGGCGGCGGGAUCCGCAGCAGGGGACUGGGGCGGCGGGAGGAUCGGGGCUGCUGGACCUUAUGGUGGAGCCGCCAAACUACGGCCGCUGCCUGCGCCGCGUCUUUGCGCGCUCCGAGCACGUCGGUGACCCGGGCUUCCUGCCCCGCCUCGAGAGGUGCCGGGCCCACUACCUGCGCUACGGCCGCGUCGUCGCCCGCCGUGGCUCUUCGCCCCUUUUGUACUGGGCGAGCUCGCCCGCCGACGACCCAUGGCCGGUCACGUUGGGCGGCGGCGGCGGCAGCGGCAGCAGUGACGGCGAGGGCGAGCGGGGGAAGCCCCACGCCGGCUCGCCGUGGUGCCGCACCGUCGACGGCGUGGUGGCGCAUCUCGAGGGCCAGAUCGGCGGUGAGGCCAUGCGCCGCCUGGACGCCUUCAUGCGCAGGGCCGGCGCCGUCGUCAAGGGCGCCGACGACGGGACCUCGUCGGCGCGCGAUGUCGAGUGGGCCAAGCGGGUGGGGGGCCUGGUGCUGUCGCUUGCGCAAAACUGUAAACUCGUCGACGGCGCCCUGCGCUGGGACGUUGUUUGGCUUUCCUUGAUGGUCGGGGGCUGGGUGGACUAUAAUCGCUCGUGGAUUUAUGAGGAGGGUGGUGGGGACGAAGGGGAUUAUGAGGCCGUUGGCUGAAAUGGAGAAGGUAUGAAUUGAGAGAUUCUACACCUAAAUCUAAUAUGAAGUACUCCUUGUAAAUGCGUUCUAAUCCGUCUUUUUCGAUCCGUUCCAUGCUGCAUAGUCUCAUAAGGAAAAAGAAAAUAAACAAACAGCAAGGUAUCUCCAUAAAAAAAGGAAAAUAAAAAGGCGCAAAUAUUAAUAAAGAUGAACAAUAUUGAGUAG